GAUAAUGACGUCAUCAUAGUUUAUGUUUAGCAAAAGAGACGUUACAGAAUUACUUUAAUCAUUAUAUUAACUUUUCGUAUGUACAUGGAACUGUACAAUGGUUUUACGUGAACGUCAUUAACUACAUAAAAAAAUUGAAAGCAUUACUAUUCCCUGAUUAGGUUAUCAUUCAAAGUGAGUGAAGCAAGACGUAACGAUACAUUUUGGCGGCAUUGCUCGAAGCCACAGAAAUAGAUUUCUUGUGCAAUAAUCAUUUUGUACUAGUCCGUUUUUAAUUUACGUUUCGAAUAGUGUGCUGACCACAGAGUGCUAGGUUCAAUUAAGUGCUUAAACAUGCGGAAGUGAUGGUGUUUUAAUUUUCAUAGUGUAAAUAAAUUCUUAUAAUGGAGAACCCGACAGUUAGCGGAUUGAGGUCAAGGUCCCGGUCGAAAACACCCUUUUUACGUUCCAGCUGCGACCGUGAGAGUUGUGCAGAGGGUGAAGAACACAAACACCAUAAAUCUGGAAGAAAGACUCCUAUAAAACGAAGUACGCCGAUCAAACAAACGGAAACAAAGCCCAUAGAAUCGGUACAGGAAUUAAAAGAGGAUUCGCCUCCCGCGUACCGCACUCGAAACUUCACUCGGCAAUCGGAGAAGCUCAUCAAAACCUCCGACUACUCCUCAGAGGAGAGCUUAGACAGGCUGAGAGGAAAUAGAAAAGAAAUAUAUCAGAACGAGAUCAACAGCCAGUAUGAGCGCGUGUCGACGAGCUCUCAACGAUACAGCACGCUCGCCGACGUUACGCUCAGCCCCAUACACACAUCGCGUAACGUGACGCAGGACAGGUCGACUCGCUUCAGCAGUCCAGCGUACAGCGCGUGUUCCACGGACAGCUCGUUCGCGGAACAAGCCCUGGCCGACACGAGCGCGCUCCUGGACCGCGAGCCAACCACCGAACAUCUGCCCUACCGACUUUAUAAGAUGGCCGGGGAGUAUUGGAACAAAUACCCUAAAACGGACUACACAUAUUCGCCGCUGUCCCGCGACCGAGUGGAGCUGGCUCCGGGUCAGGUCGCGGUGCCGAACAUGUCGAGGCGGUCGCUGUCGCAGUUCCGCAUACAGGGACCGAACACCGUCGAUGAGCCGGACAUACCGGCCACCUCAGUUUGGAAGACCAGUACACUUCGAAAGAGGUUCACUAAUGUAGACAGUUCAGACGACGAGUCAUACCUCCGCAAUGGCGCCUACACGAAGUCAGACGAGCGGUGGUGGAUCACUCGCGUGCUGGCCGCCGUCGUCACCGCCGUCACCACCGCCACCAGCAAAGCAUAUCGGAAAGUGGCGGGGCCCUCGCACAGAUACCCCUAUACUGAGAGAAGGCCGGCGAGAAGUGGUAUUGUAUCACGAGCAGCAUCUGUUGCCACAGCACCGUUCCUUUGGAUGUACACAAUAAUCACAACCAUUAUUACAACUACCGUCACUACAAUCACUGAAACUAUAUCGUCAGACCAAGCUUCUGCUAAUGUGAAGAUUGAGGGGCGGUAUGGAGAGAAGGCUGUCGCCAAGCGGCGCUGGUGGCCCUGGCUGAUGUUACUGAUACUGCCCACAUUCGGAUAUGGCUAUUACAAUUACCAAGAUAAUUUCCGAAAGAUUGACUUUGAAAUUUUCUCAAGAGAAAAUGCCGUCGCCGACACCUACAAACCUCCAGAGAUAAAGCAAGAUGUGGAUUUAACGAAACGCGUGGCGGCCUUGGAGAACUGGGCGCUCAACGUCGACACGCGUCUGAAAUUCUUCGACCAAAAACUUUCGAAGUUGGACAACCUCGAAGCUCAGAUCGAGCAAUAUUCAUUUAGACAUUUGCAGCAAAACCUCAUUACAAUACUAAGUAGUAGCGACAACAGCGACGCGAUCGCCGCCAAACUCAAACAACACUUCGAUGAAAACUAUGUCACGAACGAGCAGUUGCAAUCGAUGAGUCAAGAGAUACACGAGCGACUCAUUAAUUCUUGGAAACCUGAAAUUAAUGAGGACAAUAUACGUGGAAUAGUCCAAGAGUAUCUGCUGUCUAUCGAGCGCCGGCAAAUGGAGCUUAUCGUGGAGAAGGUCAAGGAAUAUGUGAGGGAAGUUCAGUCACAUCCCGUCGAGAUUAAGACUGAGGUAGAUUUCGAGGCAAUAAAAAAAAUGGUUAUUGGAAUGUUAGAUGUUUAUGACGCUGAUAAGACAGGAUUAGUUGACUAUGCUUUGGAAUCUGCCGGCGGUCAAGUGAUCUCGACGAAGUGCACGGAGCUGUACCAGAUCAAGACGAAGCAGUACUCGAUCCUGGGCCUGCCGGUGUGGUGGGUGUACACGUCGCCGCGGUACGCGCUGUCGCCCGGCGCCAUGCCCGCCGAGUGCUGGGCCUUCCAGGGCUUCCCCGGGUACCUGGUAAUACGGACGUACGCAAUCAUUGAAGUGACCGGUUUCUCGCUGGAGCACAUGUCGAGACUUCUAGCCGUCGAAGGGAAAAUCGAAUCAGCGCCCAAAAAUUUCUCCGUAUACGGCCUGCACGGAGAAAUGGACACAGACCCGCAUCUUUUCGGGGAAUAUAUGUACGAUGCAAAUGGCACAUCUAUACAGUACUUCCCAGUAAAAUAUCCCAAGACGACGAACAUAGGUGGAGUCGAAUACCCCGUAGCUUACGACAUCAUUGAACUGCGGGUCGAGAGCAACCACGGAAACCCGACCUACACCUGCGUCUAUAGAUUCAGGGUUCACGGCAAUCCACUCAGCGAUAUAAGGAGAGCGACAGAAGAUAGUAUAAGAGAUAGUGAAUCUUAGCGAAAACUUAUAGUGACAGUCCAGUGUGCUUGUGUGUUAAGUGUGCGUGAAUAAUGAAAAGUCCAGAAACGAAAUAAUAUUCCGUAGGUUUAAUAACCGUGGCCUUAAACAACAGUUAAUAUUAGAAGUCUAAAGUACAAAUGUGUUGUCGUAUAAUAAUAAUAUUUAUGUAAUAGUAAAUUAAGUUGAGAUUUGUGCAAUGAAACGCCAUUCAUAACUAUAAAUAUAAGGCGGCUAUUAACUUUGAUCAAAUAAACUAUUUAUUAUGUAAUUAAAGACUUAGUUUUAAAAUAAAUCUUUAAUAUACAUAAGGAAUGAUAAAUCAAGAUUAAUUUUGAUUUAUCAUUCGGGGAAUACAAAUCAGUUUUUAAAUUCUAUAAUGAUAACUAUUGAAUCAUAAAGAUCUGAGAACAUUUUAAGCUUAAUGUAGGUAAUGUAUGUUGUGUAUAUCAUUGUAUGUUUUUAUUUGUGAUCGUUUCAGAUGCACAAACCUCAAGAACUUGUUAGAUUAUAUCUCUGAAUCUGUUUAAACACCGCACAACGCUCGAUAAAAUACGCUUAGUUGUUCUGAGUACUUUAUUUGAUAUUUGUAUGUAGUUUUUAAUAUUUUAAGUAUUGAUUUAAUUAGGUUUUUAAAAGUAAUAUUUUUAAUGUUUUAACAUUUUACGAGGAUCUAUAAGUCUAUUAUACGAGUUGCAUAGUCAUCACAAUUUACAAGUAUGUCUUUCUAUUUUUUUUACACAUUUAAAAAGUCUGUACUAUUUUUAGAUAGACUGAUUUAAAAAUGUGCUAAAUUAUCUGUUUCCACCGAAUAUUAGCUUGAAAUAGUUUUUACUUACAUCACUAAUGAAUUUACUAAAUAAAUGUACUGUUGACAGUACUGUUGUUGAAAUAUAUUCAAAAUAAUUUUUAGUCACUAUGUAUGUUAGGCUUGUCGGUCCUUGGAUUAUUUAAAUUAGUCGUAAUGAAGGAGCUAGUCCAGUUAGACGUUAGUAAAUUUUAUGCCAACUUAAUUUUUAACGGUUUGUCUCAAACUAACAUAGUUUAAAAAUGAGCCCAACGUCAGUGCUGACUUGAAAAUCUUGAAUAUAAAUAUAGUUGUUUUUUUUUUUAGUAUUUAGUUCCGACUUGCUUUUGCACAAAUCUGUUGCCAUUUUUCUCAUUUCUAAUCGCUUAUUCACAUUCCUGUAAUUUUUGAUUAAAAUAUCUGUUUGUUUUAGCAAAUUGAAUACCAAUCCAUUGCAUCUUUAACAUUCUUAGUCCUAAUCUUUCUCAAGUAAAAACUAAUAUAAUAUCAUGUUUUAACCGACGAAUAUACCUUAUUUAUAUAUAUAUUUACAUUUAGUUAUUAGGGUAGAAUUUCUUUUUAACUAAUCAGUUACCACUAACUUUUUAAUAUUUUCUGUAUCAUUGGAUUUCUAAAGAGUUUAAAAAAGUAAUUUUAACUCUUUUUUGAAGCUUCGUAUUCAUCACGAUUGGUUUUAACCUGAAUUAUUUAUUUAUAUAUUAUUUACCACAUUGAUAUCGGCGCUCAUGGAUUACAUAAUGAUAACUUGAUGUCUUCAAAUAUGUGUCAAUUUAAAACUAAAUUAUAAAUUGUAAAUGUUUAAACUCAACACAUUUUAUCGUUUUAUUUAUAUACACAAUAUUUUUCUAAAACAUAUUGAUCAAUGUUACUUGUUACUUUUAAACUUUACUGUAUUUUACACUGAUGAUUCAU